CCCGAGUGUUUUCGAUCCAGUGUUUUAGUAACGUGUGCAAAAUUUAGGGGAGGAAGGAUAAUCGAUCAAUAAUAAUUCCUUUUUCUGACAAUAUUUGUGCUAAAAUGUUGCAGCUUUUAUUUUAACUAUUAAACAAACAGUGAAAGGACAAUAUUUUAAACAAUCAAAGGGAGUGAAAGCCUCACAUCUACGUUUACUGACACUGUGUCGACUUUUAUUUGAAAUAAUUUGUUGUUGAUUGCUUAGUUUUGUCAAUACAACCGCCAUAUUUGAAAAUUACAGAAAAUACAGAACUUUCCGAAUAAAUCCAGUAUGGAGGACUUGAAUCAUAUAAAAGAAGAGGAGAGACGAGACUUCGACAUGAACACCGAAGCAAAUCGGACUUUGACUUUUUUAGAUUGGCCAUUUGAUGGAGAAGACGCACAGUGCACAUCAGACAAGAUGGCCAAGAGUGGUUUCUAUUGUAUCGGCAAUGAGAAUGAGCCUGAUUUAGUGAGGUGUUUUGUCUGUUAUAAGGAGCUGGAUGGCUGGGAACCUGAUGAUGAUCCCAUGCAAGAACACAAGUCUCAUUCACCAAACUGUGCAUUCCUAUCCGCCAAACCCGAAGCUGAGCAGACAGUGGAGGAUUUCCUCAAACUAGAGGCUGCGAGGCAGAACAAUAAAUUUAUGAAAUUAUCAGAACAACAUGUGAAAGAAUUUGAACGACAAGCUGCAGAGACUCGGGAACAACUUGAGAUCAUAUAAGAUACAAAUCGUAUGCACAAGACUAGCCCCAUAUGCCGGCAAUUCGAAAGG